AUGCCAACGACGAGGAACGAGCCGAUUGCGGUUGUGGGCAGUGCAUGCCGAUUCCCAGGCAAAGUCAAUUCCUCGGCCGAGCUGUGGGAACUGCUUCGCAAUCCACGAGAUGUCUUGUCCAAGAUCCCCCAAGACAGACUGAAUCUGUCCGGCUUUUAUCAUCCCAAUCCUGAGCAUCAUGGCUCUACCAACGUACCCAACAAAGCAUAUCUCCUAGACACCGACCCCCGUCUCUUCGAUGCCGCCGUGUUUGGCAUUUUGCCCGCCGAGGCCGAAUGCAUGGACCCCCAGCAACGUAUAUUGUUGGAAACAACUUAUGAAGCUCUGGAGGAUGCAGGAUACACCCUGCAGCAGAUGCAAGGGUCCUCAACCUCAGUCUUUGUUGGAGCAAUGACUUCAGAUUAUCAUGACAUCCAAACCCGAGAUCUGGAUUCCAUUGGGAGGUGGGAUGCGACCGGUACAGCCCCUAGUAUCUUAUCGAAUCGAAUCUCAUACGUCUUUGACCUGAGAGGCCCAUCGUUGACGAUCAAUACCGCGUGCUCGAGUUCUUUGGUCGCCUUACACUAUGCUGUCCAGAGCCUACGAAACCACGAAGCGAAGCUGGCCAUUGUCGCUGGAGUGAAUCUCAUAUUGGAUGCAGGAACAUACGUCAAUGAAUCCAAACUGCAUAUGUUGUCACCGACAUCCAGGUGUCGAAUGUGGGAUGAAGCAGCGGAUGGUUACGCUCGCGGUGAGGGCUGUGCAUCCGUCAUCCUAAAACCCUUGAGUCAAGCGCUAGCAGACGGCGAUGACAUCGAGUGCAUUAUUAGAGAGACCUUGGUCAACUCGGAUGGUCGCUCUCCGGGUAUUACCAUGCCCAGUGUUGAGGCCCAGGCUAAUCUGAUUCGACAAACCUACCUCAACAGCGGCCUGGAUCCUGUCAGCGAUCGAUGCCAGUUCUUCGAAUGUCAUGGAACAGGCACGCCCGCAGGAGACCCUGCGGAAGCCCAAGCCAUACAGACAGUCUUUUUCCCGAAUGACUUCACAUUUAACACAACCGACAAGCUUCAUGUGGGAUCGAUCAAAUCACUCAUUGGCCACCUGGAAGGCUGCGCCGGCCUGGCAGGACUGCUGAAGGCAGUCGAAUGUGUCAAAAACUGUACCAUCACGCCGAAUUUUGGUUUCCAUAAACUGAAUCCAAGAAUUCAACCAUUCUAUGACCACUUGCAUGUUCCGACUCAGAAUUUCAAAUGGCCGGAUCGAGCCCCUGGUAUUCCAAUGCGUGCUAGUGUGAACUCCUUUGGCUUUGGCGGAACCAACGCGCAUGUCAUCAUUGAGAAUUAUAUUCCACACGGCAAUCCGUUCGUUCUUGAUAACGAUGAGAUUUCUACAACCGAUGGACACAAACUUGUGGGCCCAUUCGUGUUCUCGGCCAAUACCCGACUUUCUUUGUUGCGCAACAUUCAGCUCACGGUUAGCCAUGCGAGGAAGAAUCCCUCAACGUGUUUAAACGAUUUGGCAUGGAUGCUCAGCUGCAAGAAAACGUUGUUUCCUUUAAAGUUAUCAUUCUCCGCGGCCAGCAGCGAUGAGCUCUUGAGUAUGAUGGAGAGGACCGUGGCCAUGGGCGAAACGGAUCCGGAAAACGACCUCAAGUGUACUGUAUCAAGGAGCCUGAGGGAAGCAGGUGCCAUCCUUGGUCUGUUUACCGGGCAAGGAGCACAAUGGGCAGCAAUGGGACGCGACCUGAUCAGUUCGUGUCCCACAUUUCGCAACUCCAUCGAAGGCUGUCAGCGAGCCCUGGAAAGUCUGCCCGAUGGGCCUUCGUGGUCGCUGAAAGAUGAGCUUAUCGCGAAUGAAACAUCCUCCCGAGUCUCGGAAGCCGAGUUGAGCCAGCCCCUAACAACAGCAAUUGAAGUUGCAAUCUGCGAUCUUCUGAGUGCUGCUGGUAUACAGCUUGACGUUGUCGUGGGCCACUCCUCCGGGGAGAUCGCCGCUGCCUAUGCCGCCGGUAUCCUAUCGGCAUCUGACGCCAUGAAGAUCGCCUAUUAUCGUGGACUACACGCAAGAUUGGCCAGUGCUAAGUACCUAUCCCAGCCAGGUGCGAUGAUGGCAGCCAGUUUGUCCUACAAUGAGGCGAUGCAAUUCUGCUCUCAAGCAUUAUUCCGCGGUAGAAUUGUCGUCGCAGCCAGCAACUCUCCUGAAAGCGUGACGCUUUCCGGCGAUCAGGACGCCAUCUUCGAAGCAAAAGAGCAGUUUGAUAAGAAGAGUACGUUCUCCAGAGUUCUGAGGGUGGACGUAGCGUAUCAUUCUCAUCAUAUGCGCGUUUGCGCCGACGCAUAUCUGGCCUCUCUGAAGGCCUGCAACAUCCGAGUGCGACCACCCCGGCAAGGAUGCCGGUGGAUUUCUAGCGUGCGAGAAGAUAACGGUUGUCUCUUGAGUGAUAUACCUUCGCUGACUGGUCAGUACUGGGUGGAUAACAUGGUGCGACCUGUGCUCUUUUCGCAGGCGCUUCAGCUCUUGCUUCAGGAAAGUGACCCACCCACGAUGUGCAUCGAGGUUGGACCUCAUCCAGCCCUCAAAGCCCCCACCUUGCAGACGCUGAAGAAAGUCACCGACAAGGAUAUUCCCUAUGUCUCGUUUUUGAAACGUGCAGUCGCUGAUGUGAACGCUGCAUCGUUGGCUAUUGGCCUCGCUUGGCAACAUUUUGGACCCCAACGCGUUGACAUUGCCGGAUACCGUCGUGCAUUCACUUUACCAACACCAAAACUACCCAAGGGAGUCCCAAAGUACUGCUGGGAUCACCAGAAAGUCUAUUGGAGAGAGUCCCGCAUGUCGCGUACCUAUCGUCUUCAGGGGUACCAGUCGCAGCAGUUGCUUGGACGACGAAUUUAUGACUGCCCGCAUCAUGAGAUCCAUUGGCGAAACAUCCUGCAUCUUACAGAGAUCCCGUGGCUGCAAGGGUAUAAGUACAAUGGAAAGGCAAUUAUAUCCGCUGGAGUUUAUACUACCCUGGUCAUGGAAGCAGCAAGGUCUUUUGCCAACAGUAGUAAUCUGUCGCUUCUCGAAAUCCAACAUCUGGAGUUCUGCAGACCUUUGGCGUUGGAUGAACAUGGCUCAGGGAUCGAGUGCAUAACUAUGCUACGAGUAUCCAACAGAGUGGCCAAAGCCUCACCAAGCACCGAGCUCGACCUUGAUUUUGCUUGCGAUAUCUGUACCAGUUGCGAAAAAGCUCUCGAAAGGGUGUGCACCGCCCGUGUAAUCCUACAUUUGGGCAAGCCUCAACCAACCAUGCUGCCUGCAAGACCCUUUAGGCAGCCGAAACUGACACCAGUAGAGCCAGACGCUCUGUAUGAACUUCUCGAGAGCCACAGUCUCGUCUGUACAGGACCAUUCCGCACGAUAAAUUCCCUGCGCCGGGCUCUGCACCAUGCCAGCGCCUUUGCUCGUUGGUCCAGACACAGCUCCUCGGCGUUGUUAUUGCCCAUCGCGGCUUUUGAAACAGCUUUCCAGUCUCUUCUAGCGGCAGUCUGCUCGCCUCUCAUCCCAAAAAUGUGGUCAUUCUAUCUACCUUCCAGAAUUAAUCGGAUCGUUUUUCACCAGGAUCGCUUUCAAAGCUUUUCCUCGGACGAGGUCAAUUUGAACAUCGACGCGUCUGUGAUCUCGUUGAAUGCCGACCAAGUGGAGGGCGACUUUUCAAUCUUUGACUGUAAUGGAAACUCCAUAAUACAGGCGGAGGGCAUGACCUUGAGUUCUGCAGAUCAGCGUGGCCAUUCGGGCACUAGACAUAUUUUCGCUCGAGUUGCUUGGGAAAAUGAUCCUUUUGGAAGCUCCGCAUUUGCUGAGCAGCAUAAGCCCGAAGCCAACAAAGAUAGCUGGGUUAUAUGCACAGAGAGAAUAGCUCUGUUCUACGCUCAAAGAACAUUAUCUGAGCUUGAUCCGCGUGAAGUCAAAGCAUUCAAGCCUAAUCACCGCCAUGUCUACAAUGAACUUUGCCGUGCAGUUGAGACAGUCAAACGAAACUCAAAAGACACUUUGUUGAAGUUGGAAUGGCUUAAAGAUUCCGAGGACUCCAUCAAGGGUCUUGCCGAGAAGUUUACGGGGCAGGUGGAAGUUGAACUGCUACAACAUCUUGGUCCACUCCUACCUUCAAUUCUGCGAGGUCAAAUCGAUCCAGGAGUAAGACUUGAUCGACUAGCCGAGCUUCACUUAGAAGGGCAGACAUUUUGCUCGACACACAAAACCAUAUGCGACACCAUAAAGCGCAUUGUGCACAGGCAUCCCCAUAUGAAAAUCUUGGAACUCAGCGCGGGGAUGCAGUGUGUGAGCAAGGUUUUGAAAACCGUGAGCAAUACGUUUGCUUCCUACUGCUAUACGUGCAAUUCCCAGGAGCUAGUUGAUGUAGCAAAAAGUGCAUGCACUAAUCUCACAGACAAGGUCCUAUUCAAAGUUGGAGAUCUCAACGCGAGUCUUACUGACCAAGGCUUAAUAAAUGACAGCUACGACCUGGUGAUUACGACUUUUCUUCACCUUGCAACAUCCGAACCGGAAAAAGCUCUACAAAAGAUUCGAUUACUCUUGAGGCCCGGCGGCUAUCUUGUCCUUGUGGAGAUGACGGGUCCGUUGGCAAUAACCCUGCUGAUUUGCUUGGACCUAUUCCCGCAGUGGUGGUACGGAAAUGAGGAGAUACAAGGCAGAUGGCAGGGUGUCUCUCCGAUGAAGCUCGAUGAAUUGUUGCGCUCCACAGCAUUCUCAGGUGUUGAUAGUGUGACUCACAAUAUGCCAGACGGAAAAGCACGUUGUCUCUCUGUGGUUGUCUCCCAAGCAGUGGAUGCCACCGUGGACAUGCUUCGAGAACCGAUCAUGUCAACGAAUCAAUUGCCCUUGCCCAAGAGAGUUUUUAUCUUCGGAGGCAAGACUUGGUCAGGAUCACGCCUAGUUCGAGGUCUCAGAAGAAUGCUAGCACAGUUUGGUGUGGAUGUCAAGAUCAUGGAAGACAUUGACAAUCUAAAUAUAGCCCACAUUGGCGAUGGAGCGCCCGUCAUAUCAGCGAUCGAGCUCGAUAAGAAUCUAGCUGACAACGAAGUGUCUACAUAUACUUUGCUGUCAGUACGACAAUUAUUCGAGCGAUCGAGGACUGUGCUAUGGCUGACAUCCGGACGCCCUAAUGCUCCGUCAUCUAUCAGUAUUACAGCUGGCAUAGGAAGAGUGGUGAUGACUGAACACUCAGAUGCUCGAUUGCAGUUUCUGGCUGUCCCGGAGCGUGACCAACUCAGCAUGACUGUGGUCGUAGAGACCUUCUUGCGGCUCUUGUGUUCUCGUCUUCCGGAAGUUGCCGGAAAGGGGCUGCUCUGGACAAACGAGCCAGAACUUUGUUUCGAUGGCCACGCAUUUUUCAUUCCACGUUUGGUUUGGGACCAGAGAAGGAACGAAAGAUAUGGCAGGAGGGGUCUUAAUAUCACCGAGGAUGCCUAUCCUGAUCAAGCUCCCCGCCUCCCUGAUCCUUCCUCUCGAAAUGCAGGAUCUAUAACUAUCAAGACGCAAUUUUCGACUCCCCUCUUCUUUGAUGACCAAAGGAGAAUGUUCAUGUGGGCCGGCUAUACAGACAAGAAGACAACAGCUAUGGGGAUUGCAGAGCAUAACUCGUCAGUUAUUUUCGCCAUUCCAGACGAGAUACAUGUCCUGGAAAAGAGAGAAGAGAUCACACCAGCUGGUCUGCAAGCUAUAUCCAGCUUUUUAGUGGCUGGUAUCCUCGCAUUGGCAAUACAGUACUCAGGUCCCGUACUUAUAUACGAGCCCCACGAAGCCCUGAUCGCAGCUAUCCAGACAAGCUCGCAUUGGCGUCGACGCGAGGUGUACUUCGUGGCGCGCACGAAGCAAGUGAGGGCAGAAGGGGAAUGGAUACAAUUUCACCCUCGAGCAACUCGCCAAGAGAUCAUGAAUGAGUUACCGGGAGACGUGUCAUGCUUUAUUGACCUGGCCACUGGCUGGGAAGGGACGCUUAGAUCGAAUCUUCGGAGCCUUUACAGGAAAGUGUUACUAGACCCAAUACACAGCGUUCGCUUCAAGUCCGCCGAUACCAGGGAGCUGAUUACGCGGGCCUAUUCGGAAGCGAAAGCUCAUUGUUUGAAGGUCUCUUCAGUUGCGCAGCAUACCUACUCGGUGAAUGAGAUCAUAAAUUUGCCAGCAUCCAUCUACGCUCAUCCGAUCAUCAUUGACUGGGCUAGAUCGGCCCGAAAUGCCCUUCCAGUCGAAGGACUCCGCUCUAAUAAAUCGUUCUCCCCCACCAAAACUUAUCUCAUGGUUGACAUGGCUACACCCCUUGGGAUGUCUCUAAUAUCAUGGAUGGCACGGCAUGGGGCCAGAACGUUUGUUCUCACGAGCAUGAACGGUCGCGUAGACCAGAACUGGCUCGAAGAUCUCUCUAGGUUUGGAGUUCGUGUCAAAACGAUGGCAAUGAAUGUGUCCGAGAGAGAAUCUGUGUCAUCAGCCUACAAGAUGAUUUGCGAGACCCUGCCGCUUGUUGGCGGUGUUUGCUACGGGGCAAUGAGCAUGUCAGCUCAGGUAUUUGAGGAUACCGCCGUCGAUGACCUUGGCAUUGCGUUAGACUUCAAGAUGAAAGGGUCCCGGUAUCUCGAUGAACUUUUCUCCAAGCCUACAUUGGAAUUCUUUGUCCUCUUCUCGUCUUUAGGUGCUUUAAUGGGAAUCCCGGAGCAACCCUACCAGCAUACUGCUAGCCUGUACAUGUCUGAGCUGGUGCAACAACGUCGGGCGAAGGGCUUAGCCGCGUCAAUUGUCCAGAUGGGGAUGGUUGUUGACGUGGGCUUCGGAUCCAGCCUAGACAGUCACGAGCUUGCCAAGCUGACAAACCAGGGCUAUGCUGCCCUAUCUGAGACAGACAUCCAUCAUGCCUUUGCUGAGGCUGUGACGGCAAAAUCGGGGGACGGUUCGGAGAUAAUUAUUGGGUUUUCAUCAGCCAUGCGACCAGAUGACGACCAAAUUGUCUCACCAUGGCAUUCGAACCCAAUUCUCUCUCAUUUUUUCUCCGGCAAAACGAUGCAGGAGAGGCAGGGGGAGCCAGUUGCAUCAACUAGAACGAUCAGAGCGAGACUUGCACAGUCUAAGUGCAAGGAAGAAGCUUGUCAGAUACUUUUAACCUUUUUCACACAACGACUACAGUCCAUGUUACAACUGCCAGCGGGUAAACUGCGGACAGAUGUUCAGCUCCUGGAUCUUGGUUGCGAUUCAUUGCUUGCUGUCGAAAUCGGCAGCUGGUUUGAGAAAGAAGCCGGAAUCGAGAUACCGGCUCUCGAAGUGUUAUACGGUACUGUGGAUGGGAUUUGCAGAGCGGUUGUCGCAUCAUCUCUGAGUGAGAGACCGGCAGAUCAAGAUAGUGAUCAUUCUACGCAAACCACCGUAACCCCAACGACAGAGUCUGACAGAUGCAUUGGCGGUCGAGACCCAGUAAGCUCUGCGACCUCAGAAUGCUCCACGGCACCACACUUUGCAUCUAAGCCAAACUCAACCGCUUUGACAUCUAAGGAGUUCAUACGCCUUGAGCUUAUGUCACCAUACCAGUCCUUGAUCUGGUUUGCGGGACAUUAUAUGAAAGACCCAACGCAAUACAAUGUUGUGAUAUCUUACAAGGUCGAGGGCUCCUUCAAACCGGCAAGGUUUGAACAGGCAUUGGAGCACACUGUUUCGAGACACGAGUCCUUACGGACCUGUUUCUUCGCGGACCGUGUCAGUGGCGAACUGGUGCAAGCAGUUCUGGAGCAGCCGCUGCCGUUCUUUCACCAUGUGAAGACCUCAGACCCAGCGAUUGUUUCCCACGAAUUCGUAAAGGCGGCGCUCUACAAAUGGUCAUUAGAGCACGGAGAGACAUUCCGAGUCACUGUGGUCUCAGUAGGCUCUGACCGCCACACUGUCAUAUUCAGCUAUCAUCACAUCAUCAUGGACGGAGUUAGCUGGUCUACCUUCCUCCGGGAAGUCAAAGGAUUCUACGAGAACAAGCCCCCCACUCCCAAUGUCUCGCAGUAUAUUGACUACUCGAUUAUGCAGAAUGACGCGGUAAAGAGCGACGCGUUUGCCAAGGACAUCGAGUACUGGAAAAAUCGUCUAUCACCGCUGCCAGAUGUGAUGCCCCUACUGGGAAUUGCUAAGGUGAAAUACAGAAUCGCUACCGAAAACUACAAUGCGCAUACCACAACGCGCACAGUCGGUCGGGAGCUCGCAGAAGGUGUCCGGAGUAUGAGUCAGAAGCUUCGAGGUACAGCAUUCCACUUCUAUUUGGCAACGCUGCAGAUCCUUUUUGCCAAGCUGCUGAGCAUCGAAAACAUGUGCAUCGGUAUGAGUGAUGCAAAUCGGAAACAUGAGCAGUUUCUCAGCACGGUCGGCUACUUCGUCAAUCUGUUGCCUCUCCAAAUUCGGAUUGCACAGGGCGAUAACUUUGCCAGUGUGUUCAAGCGAGCUUCCCAGGAUGUUCUUUCGGCGCUGUCGCAUUCAUCGGUGCCCUCAAAUCUUGUCGUCGAUCACUUAGACAUUCCACGAACAUCGACGCAUACGCCCCUAUUUCAGGUCGCGAUCAACUAUAGAGUAGGAGAGAUAACCGAGAUGUCUGUGGAUGACUUCAAGUUGACAUAUCAGGGUAGUGUGAUGGGAAACGCGCCCUAUGACAUGUCUUUCCAUAUCACGCCUACCGCGGUCGGCACCUGCAUCUUGGAUGUCACCUGUCGCGAUUAUCUUUACACCCCAGAGGCCGCAGGUCUGGUCUUAGAUAUGUACAUCAACCUGAUCGCCGAGUUUGCUACGAACUCCUCUCUUUCAGUGCAGCAGUGCGCUUUGUUCUCCAGCAAUAGCGAUGAGAAUCAUUUGUCUAUACGCCGUGGCGCGCGACUCGGUCAUCGGUGGCCUGAGACCUUGUCGGCCAGGUUCCGAACAAUUGCCGAAAGAUGUUCUGGAAGGAUUGCCAUCGUCGAGGAAACAGGGAAAUACACAUACAGUCGAUUGAUUGCACGUAUAGACUCCAUCGCCAAUGCUCUCAUCGAGAAGGAUAUCACCCCGGGAACUAAGGUCGCGGUGCUUUGCCCACCGUCGCUGGAUUCAGUGGCGAGCUUGCUGGCGAUUCUCUGCAUUGAUGCCGUUUAUGUGCCUCUUGAUCUCAGUAGUCCACUAUCGAGGCACAGGGCCAUUAUUGAGGCUUCUGACACAGAUGUCAUACUGUGCUCGACCUCGACGCUAAACUCGGCUUCCAAUCUGGGUGUCGCCCUUAUCCUGAACGCUUCUACAACACCCGAGAGCUCGAAUGCAGCAACACAGAUUGAAUGUAGUGGGACAUCCCCAUCGAUAUUGCUUUACACAAGCGGCUCAACGGGCAAACCAAAAGGCGUUCUACUACCGCAAGUCGGGUUCAUCAAUUAUCUCGCCGCCAAGGCUGAAGAAUUACAUCUGAACCACGACGUUGUCGUGUUGCAGCAAAGCUCCGUCGGAUUUGACAUGGGUCUUGCUCAGACACUCAACGCUAUUAUGAAUGGGGGCAAACUUGUCAUCGUUCCACAAGCCGCACGAGGGGACCCUAUCGAGAUUGCCAAGCUGAUCCGUCGAGAGAACGUGACUUUCACCCUCGCCACGCCUUCGGAGUAUAUGGUCAUCCUCCAACACGGGCGAAAGCAUCUUGAGGGUUAUACGCUCUGGCGUCACGCCUGUCUCGGUGGUGAGCCAUUCACUGAUCAACUCAAACGAGAGUUUGUGCAACUUGGCCGGGGAUGUCCUAUCGUUCAAGACUCUUACGGAGUGACGGAGAUCUCCGCUUGCACAACGUUCGAGACGAUGAACGUGUCUCAGCUUGAGGACACGCGCAGCGUCGGAAAGCCCAUUCCCAACACCUCUAUCUAUAUAUUGGACGAUAAUUGCCACCCUGUGGGCAUCGGACUCGCUGGCGAGAUAUGUAUAGGUGGCGCCGGCAUAGCCCUCGGAUACUUGGAUCAGGAACAGACGCGAUUGAAAUUUGUCGAGGACCGCUAUGCGACAGAAGAAGAUGUUGCGCAGGGGUGGACUCGGAUGUACCGCACUGGCGACAAAGGCCGCCUGCUCGAAGAUGGCUCACUCAUCCUUCUGGGUCGCAUGGACGGAAACACGGAAAUCAAACUGCGCGGUCUUCGAAUCGACUUGGAUGACGUGGGCGCGACCCUGGUUAACUGCUCUCUGGGCCUGGUCUCGGCUGCUGUUGUUUGCGUUAAGGGUGACGGUGACUCCCGAUAUCUCGUGGCUUACGUUGCUGUUGCACCUGGGCGCACUACAAGUGAAACCGAACUCCGACGCCUCGCUGCCAGCCUUCCCCUGCCGCCGUACAUGUGCCCGGCGUCGGUUGUGCGCCUGGACAAUUUACCGCGAACGGCGAAUGGCAAAGUCGAUCGAAAAGCACUCGAGGCUUUGCCGGCUAUGGGCUCAGAUGCACCAUCGCAGGAAUACAGGCGUCUGACCCUUGGUGAAGGCGAGCUCAAGCUCCUAUGGAGGGGGAUCCUACCCAACAUGACUCAGAUCCAGCCCGAGUCCGAUUUCUUUCUUCUGGGUGGGAAUUCUCUAUUACUGAUCAAGCUACAAGGCGCGAUUCGCACGUCUAUUGGCGUCUCGGUCAGUCUCCGGGAUCUGUACGCCGUGAGCACCCUAGCCAGCAUGGCGCUCAAGAUUGCAUACCGAAAGGCUGAAACCCCAGUGCCCACGAUCAAUUGGUACGAGGAAACGGCUGUUCCUGAAGAGCUUCUCCAGGGAGUAAGCCCGUGCCCUGAGCCGCGUCGCUCGAGAGAAUCGGGCAUUGAAAUUCUCUUGACGGGCGCAACCGGCUUUCUGGGGAGGGCCAUCAUGCGCGCUCUGCUUCAAAAGUCCAUCGUCAACAAGGUUCAUUGUAUUGCUGUGGAGAAAGGACAGGAGAGCGUGCUACCGUCUAGUAGCAGUGUUGGUGUAUACUAUGGUAGUCUUCUUGAUCCCACACUCGGUCUGUCAACGGCCGAAUCCGACACCCUGCAGUCGUGCAUCGACGCGAUCAUUCACGCGGGCGCACAUGGCCACUGCCUGAAUACUUACAGCUCACUGCGGACCCCCAACCUGAAGUCCACUCAUUUCCUCGCCGGAUUGGCUCUUCGAGCCCAGAUCCCCAUGCACUACAUUUCCUCCCCGCGCGUCAUCCUCCAGUCGGGCAAGACAUCCCUGGGUCCUAUCUCGGUCUCCUCCCAUCCGCCGCUCGCCAGCGGCUCCGAAGGUUUUGCAGCCAGCAAGUGGGCGAGCGAGGCAUUUCUCGAGCUUCUUGCCGAACAAACCGCCUUAUCUGUCUGCAUCCACCGACCAUGCACCCCGAUCGGCGACAAUGCGCCCGACCAAGACGCUCUCAACUCCCUACUUCACUUCUCAAACCUCCUCAGCGCUACCCCUCGGCUAACCAAUAUGGAUGGGUAUCUUGACUUCCAGAAAGUCGACAUCUUGGCUGAGGAAAUUGCUUCAGAGGCGACGUCUUUCUUCCCGGAGAGCUCAAAACGCGCUUCGUCAACCUCGUCUGUCCAUUUCCGGCAUCAUUCGGGGAACGCUAAAAUCCCAGUCAAGAGCUUCAAAGAUUAUAUGGAAAAGGUGCAUGGGCGAUCGUUUGAGGAGCUUGGGUUGACGGAGUGGUCGGCAAAGGCGACAAGGUUGGGUAUGGAGCCGUUGAUUCCGGCGUUCUUGGAGGCUGUGGCGGAGAAUUCGGAAACCAUGUAUUUCCCCUUCCUUGGCGAGGACGGAGUCGAGUAG